UUACUUGAUACAGGCAGUAAUACAUAAUACAUAGUACAUUCUUCAUACUUAAUAUUAAAAAUUUAAAUCAUGUUAAAAAUUUUAAAAAGUAAUUUUUCUCCUUUCAUGGUACAAAUGUACCACUUUUCAUCUGGGAUAAUAGUAAACAAACAGCUCACGAAGAAAAUGAAACAUAUGAUACUUUAUAAAACCAAUUCAAACUUAUAUUCACUCAUUCAAAAUUGCAGUUUUGCUGAUACAUCUUCACCAAUAAUUGCAGAUAUUAAUUAUGAAAAAUUGAAAGAGCUUAUAAACCAAAAUGAAGUGUUAAUUAUUGAUGUACGUACUAAAGAAGAAUUAGCUGCUACAGGAGUUUUACCAAAUAGCUCCAAUAUUCCACUCGAUGAGUUAAGUACUGCAUUUGAAUUAACACCUGAAAUUUUUUUAGAAAAGUACUAUAUUCCUAAACCAGAUAAAGAUCAAAAAAUCGUUUUUUCUUGUGCUAAGGGAAUAAGGAGUUUAAAAGCAUGCCACUAUGUUACAGACUUGGGUUAUAAAAAUGUUUUCAAUUACACCGAAGGAUGGUUUGGAUGGGAGUCACACAAAUGAAUAAAAAUACAUUUUUAUGCGUAUGAAUUUGUACCUACUCACUACUCGGCUUAUAUUUUAACAAUUAGAGGAUUGUUUUUGAUUUAAAAUUGUAUUAUUCAUCUAUGACUAAAUAAAAAUAUUCGACAUUGUUAAAAUCUUAUUUGCUGUAAUUUAUUAUUUAAAUACUACUUGUGGCUUAAACCAAUUCUGUUCACUCACUUUUUCAUCAAAACAAUUUUAAUGAAAACUGUUUUAAUGCAUUGGAGAUGAAUACAGUACUAAUUGAAAAUUAACUUAUGUUAU